AUGAUUUUGUCUGAGGGUGUGACUACUGAGAGAGCUGGACGUGAGAAAAUCUCAGGAACUGUACCUGUGUUCCUGGUGCUGAUGAGCAUUCAGCGCUAUAUGGCCAUAGUGCACCCUCUCUCACGCUGGAAGAAAGGACGUUGCUUCACAUGCGUUGUUAUAUGUGCGUGGGUGGUGAGCAUUUUGGCAGCGUUGCCAGACACGGUGCACGCUGUAACAUAUCCUGACUCAGGAGUCUGUACAUACAGCAGCAUUACUGCACUGGUUGCUAUUAAGUAUGAAUACAUUAUUGUUUUUGUGUGCGCUUUUUUGGUCAUGGCUUUUUGCUACAUCAGGAUUCUGCAAACCAUCUUCAAGUCACCAACAAACCGGAGACACAGAACUACUGGACUCGCCUUCUUUCUAGUAGCUACGUUCUUUAUUUGUUGGGCUCCUUUUACCAUAAUGAGUUUUCUGGAGACCUUAACUCAACAACAGACCUGGUUUCCUAGCCAGGUCUUGAAAUAUAUCUACGCCAUCUACAUCUGCAAACUUCUGUCUCUCAUCCAGUGCUGCCUCAAUCCAAUGAUUUAUGGUUUAUUUGGUUUAAUAUUCCGUAAGACGGUGCUAGAGAUUUUUCGAAGGCGAGCUACUUCCAAUUCAGGCUAAAUGGGAAGUGGAGAAAGUCAUUCUGACAGUUAUGUCAGUUUAAAUAAUCAACUCCCCUGAUUUAUUACAACCUGGAACUUCUUGUUCUGAAGACUUGACUUCAGAGGUACUAAAACUUCUAGUAAGAAAAUCCUAGCAGGCACCAAUAAGAAACCAUCAAAGUGAAUAUUUUGCUGUAUCUACUACUUAAUAAUACAUAAGCAGCUCAGUUAAUUAAUACAUUUUUUUAGACCUCAGAGACCACAGUCCUGGCUUCUUGCUUCUUACCUCACCAUUCUAACAGUUAACGGUUAAUCGUGUGGGCGUGGCUACAUUCCAGAGCACUUCCCGCUCCAAACUCAGUUGACCAAUAGGGAUUUAAGGCGAACGUCGUGUUCUUGAUUUUGCAGUUGUCAUGUCAUGCUUUCUGAUCCUCUAGUCAUAUUCCUGUACCCAUAUAACACACCAGUCUCAUAGACUACACUCUCACAACUGAGUUUCUCUUUAAAACCUGGACACUGAUGUGUUAUCGGCCUGUGCUGCAAAUGCACAAUGCAAACUCAGUGCAUGAUUAAAAAUGUAUAUAUUCACAUUAUAACAAGAAUGUUGCUGUUUUCUGAUGUGAAAACGAUUAUUGUUAAAAUGGUUUGUAAUUGGUUGCAACUGGGUCAGGACAAAUAUCCUAAGCAUACCUCCAAAUUUAUAACAAAAAGGCUUAAAGACAACAAUGCGAAAAGUAUCACAGUGGCCACAGUCUUAGACUUUUACUCUAAACUGCUUUAAGACUCUUUAUGAAUACAACCCCAUUAUAAUAUUGCACAAUACAUGCCUCUUUAGAAAGAAAGCACAACAAAAACAAUUACCAUGUGAUGCACGUAAGGGUUUAAAGCCCGAAGAUUAAUACAUAUUCUUUUUGUUCUUCUUUAUAACUUUUUUUUCAAUGUCAAGUAAAAUAGGAAAUUACUGAGAUGUAACAUAACAUAGUAGAUGUAGAUGAGCAUUGUCAUUAUUAUGUGUGCUGUCUCACUAUAGAAACAAAGAAUUCCAAAAAAAAUUAUGAAAAUAAAGCAGACUUGUGGGUUUUUUUGUUCAAACAAAAUUAUUUAUUGAUUUUAAUGUAUAUUUUUUACAUGCCAUACAGAUGUGAUUGCUUGGGAGGGGGAUGAGAAUGAGGAAUUUGUAAAGAGAUGAAGAAACAGAAGGCCGGUUAAUGAUGAUAAAACAUAUGAAUGUUUGUAUGCAACAAACUGACGGUUUACAAAAACAAUUCUAGCUGAAAUAAGAAUUCUUUACCCAUUUUCCUUACAUGAAUUAUGAGCUGGUUUACUGACGGAAAUCUAAUGAAUCACUUCAAUAACUGAAAAGCUAUUUAAAAGUUCCUUUCCUGUAUUUGUACCGAGUAUCUGUAGGAUGAUCAGAGCGUCGGAGUUCCCCAUUUGUCUUCCACUUUUCACACUCUGAUUCAUAAAUCUGCAUUUACAAUGAAAAUCAAAAGGUUGAACUACAGCCACAAGCUGUAAACAUGUCUUAACCAAUGGAAACG